CAGAAGCUGAAGACUACCUGACAGCGGCUUUUGCGUUUCAGCAGUGUGUCAUGAAAUUCAGAUAAUUUUCCAGUUGUUCAUCGAGAUGGAAAGCUCAGAUUCCGACAAUGAAGAAGACAGAGUUUCGGUCCGACACAGAGGUCAGAAGGACCGAUUGGCUCGAGAAGAUGAUUACUUCCGAUUCGUAAGUGAUCUGAGUGAAGAAGAUUACAUACUUAUGAGGGACAACAAUUUGCUCGGCCCCCUAGGUGAAAGUACCGAAGAAGAGUUGAGGAGGAGGCUUCAAUUAAUGAAAGAAAACCUACCACAAAACUCAGAUGAAAAUACAGAUAGAGGAGAUGCUUCAGAUAAUGAAUCCAGUGAGAACUCUCUUCUAGACUGGCUUACCACUUCUGGACAAACUGAAAACGUGACAAGUGAACAAAAAGAAAAUCAGUCUUGCAAAGAAGAGAGUGAAAUUAGUGCUAACAGUGAUGAGCUCAGAUUUGGCUUAGAGAGUAAUCUUGAGUGUGAUGAUGAAAACUCAAAUCCAGAAAAUGAAUAUGUAGCAUCUGCAGAACUUCCCAGAAGAGAAGAUACAGAAGACAGCCAAAAGCAAGUGGAAAAUCCACAAUCUGAGUCACUGUUUACAACAGCAUCUGCAUCAGAACAAGAUGCAACGGAAACAUUAAUGGAAGUCCCACCGACUAGAAGUCAGAGAAGACUAAGAAGUCCGAGCCCAGUCUCUCAGAGAACCAGACCAAGGUUUGACUACUGGCCAACUGCACCUACACUGUACGAAAUUUUUCAAAGAAUUAAUGAAGAGACACCAUCUCAGACUUUUAAACAACCUCUCAUAAGUGAGAAUGAUAACGUCUCUAGAACUGGGCAUGAAGAAACAUUGAGACAGCAAAUGCCUAGACAUGAGUUGCAAAAUAGGGGUCUUAUUGAAACUUCUGAAACUAGUAAUGCUGUUCAUGGAGAAUGUUAUUCAGACACAACGUGCAGUAGUGAAUCUUGGGAAGUGAGGGAAACAAAUCCAACCACAUCCUUCAAUCUUGAAGUAGAACAAGUUUAUUGUCCAGCAUGUUGUCAGAGACACAGCAGAAUUAGUAGAACUCAGUUAACAUCUGACUCACCAAACAAUACUAUCACUUCAGAAAGUGAGCCUUUGUCUUCAGAUUCUGACGAGGCUGAUGAGAGUGCUUAUGUCAAUACCAUCAGAAAUCCCACUCAUAGAAUUAUAAAUGCUAGCUUAAGUGAUACAAUGUUUGUUCCAACUCAGACUAUUUUAUAUCAGACAAUGACAGGAUUUAGUAACUCAAGUAAUCUUAUGGACAGUGACAGUAAUUUAGAGUAUUAUGUCUCACCGCUAAGUGAAAACAUGGAAAGGGCAGAGUCACCAAAUGAAAGACAUGGACCUAGUGGUAGUGAUAGUAUACCUGGUUCUGCUCCAAAUGCUAGCUAUGGUUCUGAUUCAAGUUUAAUACUGGUAUCAGUUUCGAGCACCUAUUAUAUUUCUACUUCCAUUACUACCAUAUUUAGUCCUAUAUCUAAUUUUAGCUCAAGUGAUGAAGAUUCAGAAGUUAGCACACUGGUAUCGUUUGAAGACAGUGAAGAAAGAAGCUCAUCAACAGGCUUAUCAGAGACCAGCCAAGAAGGUGGAGAAAUGUCCCCAAUAACAUCUGACGAUAGUGACUCUGGGUCUUCCCUUAAUCUGGACCAAUUUUUCUUAUUAAAUCAAGCAGACCAAACUACAGGCCUUACAAGACUGCAGAUUGACAACUUGCCUUUAAGAUUUUUUGAAGAGGAAGAUGCAGAUAAAAUCUGUACUAUUUGCCUUACAGAAUACACCGAAGGCAACAUGCUACGAAUCCUACCAUGCUCGCAUGAAUACCAUUAUCAGUGCAUUGAUCAAUGGCUGGAAGAACAUUCAAACUGCCCUAUUUGUCGUGGGCCAGUAGUGGAUCACUUUGAGGCAGAUAAUUUUAUGUGA